AUGUCCGAAAGCGACGCCGCCCCGUCCGUCCGCCCUCCCGCCGCCCAAUCGACGGUGCAAGCUAGCCGUCGUGUCAAGUUCGAGCACAACGCACGACGUCGCAGCAUACCACACCGUGCCCUGCCACGACCGCCGUGUCCGUCGCCUACCCGAAUCCGACGCUCUCUCUCUCUGCACCCGCGAGUUGGCGGUGCAUGGUUCGCUCCGACCCGACACCAUUUUCCUUCGCCGCUGCUUUCGCCCGUCGCUACCGUCACCCUACCGCCGAACCUAGCUCUCGUCGACGCACACUCUGCCCGCGCCGAGCCGACCGAUUCAAACGACCGUCAUAGCAAACGUCCCGUUCCCGCCCUCGCCCUGCCUCCCCGACCACGCAUCGCCGCCGGAGCCGUCGUACGAGACGCACGCCGUCAGCCUCGCCGCCGCCGCCUCGAGCUCUGA